AUGGUGCAAGAAAUACAUGCUGAAUUAUCUCGCUUGGCAUCUGAAAGUUUUGAUCAAACAAGCUAUUCAACUACUUGGAUUAAGGAUAGGACAAUUGGUUAUUUUUCUUUACCUGGAACAGGUUAUUCAGCAUUGAAUCCUUCUGAUUAUCCCAAUGGGGAACGUGGAAUCAAGGAUCGAGGAAAUCGAUUUUGUUUCAAGAUAGGAAGGUUGAAACAAAGAAAAAGCAUAUGCUGGCUUUGUUGCAAGGAAAAAGCGCAAUUGUUGCAAGUGGUAGCACAGGCACAGGCAGAAGAACCUGCAAAUAUGCCGAAACGUUUGAAUGAAGACCAUGUAACAGAUUUAAAAGCAUCAAUGUCAUCAACUGUUACAAAUAUACAACCAGCACAAUCAACAAAAAAGUCUGCUGCGGCUAUUGCUGCUGAAGUUGUAGACAAGCUAGCUGCUUCGAGCUCGUCCCAAUAUAUUAUGACCUGUGUCCUUGCUACAUUUGCUGCUGAAGAAGCCAAAAAUGCUGGGCUUGUGAAGUCUUCAACAUCCUCAACUUCUUUCACGUCAGUUUUCAGUACUCCAAUGUCGAAACCCGUUUCUGAUCAGACCAUUUUCAUGCCGGCACAACAACCUAAUCCUCCUCAAAACAACCAAUACCAACCCCAUGUGGUGCGACAGCCAUCAAUCGAAGGUCAUGUUUCCAACUCUUAUUUUCUGUACCAUUCACUUCCUAAGACAUCCUCUCAGCAGUAUUUGCAGCCACCAGGUCGAAUUGUGGACUCAUAUGAUUAUGGUAGUCUUCCACCCCUGCCGCUGCGGCCACCUCCAGAAACCGCCGCAGAUGACUCAACAGCAACACUGAUGAUGGGCCAUCAGCCAUCGACAUUAUCUCAGCAGCAAGCAGGACCAUCUUCAACAUCCUCAACUUCUUUCACGUCAGUUUUCAGUACUCCAAUGUCGAAACCCGUUUCUGAUCAGACCAUUUUCAUGCCGACACAACAACCUAAUCCUCCUCAAAACAUCCAAUACCAAUCCCAUGUGGUGCGACAGCCAUCAAUCGAAGGUCAUGUUUCCAACUCUUAUUCUCUGUACCAUUCACUUCCUAAGACAUCCUCUCAGCAGUAUUUGCAGCCACCAGGUCGAAUUGUGGAAUUGUAUGAUUAUGGUAGUCUUCCACCCCUGCCGCCGCGGCCACCUCCAGAAACCGCCGCAGAUGACUCAACAGCAACACUGAUGAUGGGCCAUCAGCCAUCGACAUUAUCUCAGCAGCAAACAGGACCAGUACCUCAACAACCACAUGCAACUCCUAGUUAG